GUGCCAGGUCUAGUGUGGGACGAUUUAGUCCCACCUACCCUAGACAGGUUAUUUCACUUUCACUUCUGUAUUCAUGAAUACACCAACGAGAACAUGUUAUUGCAAAUAUGAUAACCACAAUUUUAAUUUCAUUCAUGCAGUUCUCCAUCGUAGCCCCUCAUUCUCUUCAUCGCCAUUGCAUCGCAACCCAAGGGACCUUGUAUCCGAAAAAUAUCCAGUUGGUAAUGAUAGAUGAUGUCACUGUCUAUUACUACAACAGCAGUGCUGAACAAGAGGCCGUAGUGCCAGAAUGGUUGAACCACCCUGAGGGAAUUGAAUUCUGGCAGGAGGUUAAUCGAAAUUUGAAAUUUAAUCGAUUUGUAAUGGAUACGGCUGUGAGAGUAACAAGUGAACAUUACAAUCAUUCACAUGAUCACUUUUACCAAGCUCAUGGACGCUGUGGAUGGAAGUCAGACGGAACCACAGAGGCCUUUAUGAGCCAUGCAUAUGACGGCAAGGACUUUGUCAGCUUCGAUGUAUCGACCAGAACAUGGACAGCUGCAGUUUCCCAUGCUGUAUUUUACAAAAGAAAACGGGAAACAGAUUUAGAAGAUCUUGUUAGGCUGGUCAUUCAUUACGAAUCUGGAUGCAUCCGUUGGCUGAAGAAACUGUUACAGUUUAGUGUUACAUUUCGAGAACCCAAAGUCCCUGCCGUCAGUCUGUUUGAGAGACCACCUCAUGGCAACUCCGAGGUGGAGGUCACAUGUCAUGUGACAGGGUUCUACCCUCGGGCGGUGCAGGUGGAGUGGCUGGGGGCAGAGGGGCUUCCCAUGGUAGACGGGGUGAGCAGUGGGGAGGUGCUGCCCAACGGAGACGGCUCGUACCAGCUGAGGAAGAGCCUGACUGUCCCACAGGAAGCCCAGGACACCCAGAGCUACAGCUGCCUGGUGCUCCACAGCAGUGUAGCUGGGAACAUCACAGUAACCUGGGCUCCAAAGAAGAACCUGGCCAAUGUGCUCAUGGCUAUAGUCAUCAUUGUGUCUGUAGUCUUGAUACUCACUGUCCUAUUCAAGUAUUUAGUAAGGAGGAGAGCAGUAGGUAAGAGUCAAUCUUAACUCUUGCUGCACUAGGUGUUAUUUCUGAUCAGAGUAAAGUAAACAAGAGCUUAAUGACCCCUCACACACAUUUUAAAGAUUUUUCCCUUUCCUGUUUAUUCAGCAUAAUACCCAGAGUAAGAGGAUGACCAACGAUGAAUGAGAAAAGUCCUCUAGAUGCAUUUGAUGCUCUAUACAACCCUAAAGUAAUUUACAAAAUGUUAGACUUGAUGCUUUUGUUGUUGUGGUUGAUGCUCUAUACAACCCUAAAGUCAUUUAUACAUGUUAAAAUUGCUGCUUUUGUUGUUGUGGUUGAUGUUGUUACAAAAAAUAUCUUGGUCCUGUUGUUAUUUUACGAGCUGCAAGAUGUAAUCUAAACAACAAAUAAACGUUUGAGUAUAUCAUUGAAGGAGUGGUUAACAUCAGGAAGUAACUCCAUGGAGGAGGAGUUACAUUUCAACUGUCUAUUUUCUUUCUGUGAAGUGUGUUGUGACUGUUAAAUGCACUUUAAAUACAUUGUGAUUUGAUUUUAACAUGGUUCGGACUGGAGGAACUACAUUCAUGGAAAAUUCAAGUAAAAAAAACACAGCAUUUAUUUAAAUACAAUUAAAAAAACACAACUUAA